AUGUUUUUGUACGAUUAUUUUUUGACACUGGGGAUGGAGGUGGAUUUGGUAUGGUCGUCGAGUUUGGGCCCCAUGAAGAUCUUGUUUGCUAUUCAGCGAUACCUCCCCUUCCUGGACACAGCUGUGUUGUGUCUUCUCCAACUGCUAUCGACCACAAUCAGCCCAUCAGUUUGCAGAUUAGCUGGAAACAUCCAAAGCUAUUUAAUGGUCACUGGAUUUCUACUGUCAGAACUCAUAUUUACGCUGCGUGCAUGGGCCGUAUGGAAGCGGGACAAGCUUUUAGGGAUUGCUCUAUCGAUCUUUCUCCUUGCCAUAGCUGUUGCCAGCUAUGUCGUCGUUUGUCUUUCCCAACGUAGCCUAGCAUACAGCGGCAGACCGUAUCCCGGGUUUCAAGGGUGUUAUAUGACUGGUUCAAAUAAGGUGUCCUACGUGAACUGGCUGCUAUUGAUGGCGUAUGAGGCCGGUGCGUACCUGAAAAUAAAAUGCAGGAAAAGGGUUAACCCAACUGCAUUAGUGCUACUUGUCCUGAUGAUCAUACCUGGAGUCACCGCAUAUCGAGAGGGAGGGAAUAAAGGUCUUUAUGCCGUUGUAUAUUGCGACGGUAUUCUAUUUUAUGUGUACCUCUUUGGUAAGAAAAUGUCCGCAGAGUGUAAGGUCGUGGGUUUCUUACACUACCCUGUUUGGCAGUCCUGUCUACUACCAAUGUCAUUGUCAUAA